GCGCAGCAUGCCGAAGCCAAGGAGCCGAACGGUAACGGCUGAAAAUGCCGAGGUCCAAAUAAUCCCAAUCUUCAACAACUCCAGCCCUGUCUCUAGUUACAGCCUUCCUGUGCGCGCAAGAGCGAUAGUUACCUUUUAUUUUAUUGCUCUGCCGUUCUGACUUCCACUCUCCGUUUCAAUCUCUCUCCCUUGCCAAAUUUCUUCUAUCUCGAUCUCGAUCUGUUAGUUAACCCAGAUUGCGGAGUCCCGAAACCAAUUCCGUUCCCCCCACAAAGCCUCAAGCUAUUUAUUUAUCUGCGCCCGCCGAAUUCGCGUUCGAUAUAUUGUGUAUCUACUACGUACAUACUCUUCAAAGAAAAGAGAAAAGGAAAACAAGAACCCGAUAUUAUUAUAAAAUAUGAAGCCCGAAGGCCGCACAUUCAUUAUAUCAGGCGGGUCCUCCGGCCUCGGUCUCGCAACCGCCGUCGCCCUCCUCACCCAGGGCGCCAACGUCUCGCUCCUAGACCUCAACCCACCCCCCUCCGAGAUCUCCCCCUUCCUCGCAACCCCAUCCCGCACCCUCUAUACACGCACAGAUGUCUCCAAAACCGAAAGUCUCCAGCAUGCCAUUGAUGCCACAGUCUCCUGGAUCUCCACAUCCACCCACGCACCCCUGGGAGGCGUCAUCUGCUGCGCAGGCAUCGGGUACGGCGAGCGCGCGCUGCCCCGGCAGGAUCCGAGCAGCGGCAGUGUAAAGACGAUGUCCAUUGAGGCCUUCGAUAGGGUCAUUGCUAUCAACCUGCGCGGCACGGUGGAUCUGAUACGACUGGCGCUGCCGCAUAUGGCGGUUGUGGAGGCCCAGGGGGAUGAUGGGGAGCGGGGCGUGGUUGUGGUUGUGUCCAGCGUGGCGGCGUAUGAGGGGCAGGUUGGGCAGUUGGCAUAUUCGGCGAGUAAGGGCGCUGUGGCUGGGCUUGUGCUGCCGCUGGCGAGAGAGGUGGGGAGGUCUGCGGGGAUUAGGGUUGUCGGAGUUGCGCCGGGGGUGUUCCAGACGGGGAUGACAGUGAAACCGAGGAAGAGUCCGUCUGGUGGUGCUGGAGGCGAGAAGAAGAGGCCGGGAAUUGCGGAAAAGAGUGGGGCUAAUAGUGGGAUGAUUGAGUAUCCUAUGCGGAUGGGGAGGCCGGAGGAGUUUGCGGAGUUUGUGUUGGGAUGUGUGAGGAAUGGGAUGGUUAAUGGGAGCGUGUUUAGGUUGGAUGGGGCUGUUAGGAUGCCGAGUAGACUUUGAGUUGAGUGGUGCAGGAAGUCGGGGGACUUUGUAAAUAUAUUUGAAGGUAUGUAAUUUCAGGAUGAUGAUUCCCUACCCGUUUCAUAUUUAUCGACGCCUAGUUUGGUCGCCUGCCAGUGCAUAGUUAUGUCAUACUAUUUCAAUAUCUGCGCCUGCCGUAAACCCUAACAUGAAUCUUUUGUCUAUAACCAAUUCAGUAAGAUAUCUUCCCGCCAUAAUCAAAC